AUGACAUUAAUGACCAUUGAAAGAUAUGACUGUGGGCUUCGCUACAGAGUGAGAUUUUGCAUCGCCGAGUGUCUGGGGUUGGCGAAUAAUGCAAGCCGUAAUUCUAAAGAUCGUUGCUACUUCCAUGAAAAAACUGGUGCCGGAAUGGAUGCCUAUGCUGCGUCAUGUCCCGAGUGUCCAACUUUAAAUUUUAACUCUAUAGUUGCAAGAACCAUAAAACAAAUCAACUCAGCUGCAACUGGGACAUUCAAGAAAAUGUGCAACAAAUCCAUGUACUAUGCUCAAAGCAUCCCGGCUGAAAAUGAAGUAGCGAUGUAUGCAUGCAGCACAAUGGUUCGUCCUGGUGGGCCUUGGAUGCCGAAAAGCGCAGAAGAAAUCAAAUGUGUCAUUAGAAAUUUGCCGUCCGAUUUUCACACCUCUGGAUUGUUGCGGUUAACUGCUUUCAAAAACUAUUGCAAGUCAAACUUUGUGUACUGUGGUUUUAAAAGUGCGACAUAUGCGCCACUUCAAAUGGACAUGUUGCCUUGGGUGCCAAAAGACAUAAAUCUUUCAAAAACGGUCUCAAUGAAGAUUGGCGGCACCUGUGUAGCUCUUUUAUUCAAGGUGGAGAAUAAAACGAAAGUUCAUUCUUUGCAACUGAAGGAGGUAGAUUGCCUUGAAAAAUUAGUCAAUCUCUGUGAAUAUGAAGAUUUAUAA